AUGGGUGACUCGCAACCAUGGCCGCAAGUCCCGGUCGGGAACAAAGACCACACUGACGCUGCAGUUGUCAUCAUCGGAGCCGGUAUCUCUGGUAUGUGCAUGGCAAUCGACCUCAUUAAGCGCAACCAAUGUCACAACUUCAUCAUUGUUGAGAAGAGCUCCAGCGUCGGCGGAACAUGGCAUGACAACAAGUAUCCAGGUUGUUGUUGCGAUGUUUGGAGCAUGUUGUAUAGUUAUUCAUUCGAACAGAAUCCGGAUUGGACUAGAGAGUACCCUGGACAAGAGGAAAUACUUGACUAUCUCCGCAACGUAGCCCGCAAAUACAACCUCUACAAAUACAUCCGGUUCAACACAUCAGUCGAGUCCGCGACAUGGGACGAUUCCAAGAAUCGUUGGAAGGUCGACGUCAACGUGACUGGUGGUAAAGACGCAGAAUUCAAUCCUGCUUAUAGUAUCGAAUGCGACUUUUUAGUCUCAGCUGUUGGCCAGCUGAACCAGCCACAAUAUCCAGAAAUUGAAGGGUUAGGAGACUUCAAGGGCAAGAUCAUGCAUUCGGCGCGUUGGGAUUGGAGCCACAGCCUUGAGGGCAAAAGUGUGGGCAUCAUCGGUAACGGUGCUACUGCUGCUCAAAUUAUUCCCGAGAUCUUGCCACAAACAUCCUCAUUGACAAUCUACCAACGAACUCCAAAUUGGGUCAUUCCACGUCUCGAUGGGCCCGUCAGCGCCUUCAAACGCGCAGUACUGCGCUACCUUCCUCCAGUUCGCUGGCGCAUCCGCGCGAAUAUGAUGGACUUUCGCGAGUCUUUCUAUGACGCCGUAACAGACAGCAGCAGCGAGUUCGCAGAAGUCAUCCGAAGUAGCUGCAUAGAGAUGAUGAAGACGCAGAUCCCCAACCAGCCCGACCUCUGGUCAAAACUCACCCCAGACUACAGUCCAGGUUGCAAGCGCGUCAUUAUAUCCGACGAUUACUACCCCGCCGUUGCCAACCCCAAAACAACUCUCGAGAGCAAUAAGAUCCGUCGGAUUACGGAAACCGGCAUCGAGCUCGAGGAUGGCACUCAUCACGAGCACGAUACCAUUGUCCUCGCAACUGGUUUCCGCACAGUAGAGUUCUUGCACCCCAUUAAAGUAACUGGAACGCAAUCACGACCUCUAGCAGAAAUCUGGUCUUCCGGCGCCACAGCCCUAUACGGGACGACGAUCCCUUCCUUGCCCAACUUUGGACUCUUCUACGGACCCAACACAAAUCUGGGCCACAACUCCAUCAUCUUGAUGAUCGAAGCACAGUCUCGGUACCUCAACACGCUCGUCUCUGCUGUACUCGAUGCGCGGAACAGGGGCCAGAGGAUGGGCAUCAUGCCCAAAGAAGGCAGAACACAUGAAUGGAACGAGGGAAUUCAGCAGAUACUGAAGAACAGUUCUUUCGCGGAUCCGAAAUGUAAUAGUUGGUAUAAAAAUAAGGAGGGAAGAAUUACUAAUAAUUGGUCCGGGACUGUGAUUGAAUAUCAGGAGAUGCUCGCAAAGGUUGAUUGGGAGGAUUUCGAAACGACAGCUGGUGCUGGUAGUGCUGCACAUUCUGAUGAUGGUGUGAUGGUGGAGAAGAGUACUGGAGGAGUGAGCGCAAGUAAAGUUGUAUUUGGUACGGGGAAGCAAGAGACGAAGAUUGGAAGGGUUCAUGAGGAGACACUGGUCAGUAAUACUACGUUGGUGCUUGGAACACUGAGUGCAGUCGCUGCAGGUGCAGCAUGGGUGUAUCGGGGUAAGUUGCCCAAGAGACUCGGACUGCGAGCUUGA